AUGAAAUUAAUUUUUAGUAUUGUUUUGUUACUAGUAGCAAUAUUCACAAUUGCAAAUGCUGAUACAUUAAUUUUCGAUACCACUCAAGCUCAAGCAUGUACCACUUUAUUGAACCCAUGUUUCUUUGACGAUCCAGAUAAUUGGGGUGGUAAAAAUGUUACACCAGGCGAUAGUUUUAUUAUAGAUCUUUCCAGUCUCUCAUAUUCAGACAUUAAUUCAAGUAUUGUUUAUUUCAAAACAAGAAGUGCAUUAGUAACAGGUACUUUUGGUUCAUUUAUUGCAAAUACUUCAAGCACAGUUUCACCAUCAAUUUUUUUCGCAAACACCAAAUCAUUAAUUUUUACAACUAUGAGCGUUACUAAUGGUGCAUUAAGAUUCGAAAACGUUGGUGGCAGUCAAGCUAAUAAUAAUAUUGAAAUUACCCAAUCAUGGAUUAUUAAAAAUACAAGUGUUGUUGGUCUUGAUACCAAUCUUGUUUCAGAAGGCAUUUCAGUAGAUCCACUUUCAUCUUUCUCUUUUUCAUCCCAAUCAUCUGUUCAAAUCAAUGGAAUUUCCACCUUCUUUGUCCAACCACAAUUCUUGGAUUCCAAUCUUGCUGUUAGCGAUGCAGUUGAUGGUUAUGUUGUCUUCCACCAAGGUAUUUUAUGUGACAAUACUGUAAUUCUCGGUAAAUCAACUCUUUAUGGUAAAUCAAACUUUGAAACACUUAUUAUUAACGAGAUUGCUGACCUCAGCAAUGCCACCGUCUUUGUUGAUGACUUUAUUAGCUUCUCCACAAACAACAGUCAAAUUGUUCUCAGUGGUAACUCAACUAUCCAAAUUAGCGGUACCCAACAAGUCAACCUCAAAAACGUUGUUCUUAACGAUCAAUCAAAAUUAACAAUUUUAAAUGCCAAUUGUAAUAUUGGAGCUCUUACUGGUACCGGUGGUAUCAUUAGUUAUGAAAUUGACCCACUCAGCACAACCGAGCUUUCAAACAACCAUCUCACCAGUGUCAAUGGUCUUAACAUUUAUGUUCAUUUAAGUGGUUCUGUAUCACUUUUCGUUCAAGAUUCAAUCAUCGAAUCUAUUAUCGAAAUCCCAGCACCAAAAUCAAACCCAACCAAAUUACUUACUUUUGAAGGUGCCAAUAUGGUUGGUGCUAUCACCACCUCAAAUACUCAAGUUACUGUUGCUGAUGAUGCUAAGCUUAUCCUUUGGGACAUUGGUACCGGUAUUUACAAUAACUACCUUAAUGUUAUGGGUGAAUUAAUCUUAAACCAAGUUUCAAUUACUCUUAGUGACCAAUUUUAUAUCUAUGUUGCAGAUACUCUCGGCUCAUUAGUUGUUAAUGGUUCAAAUGUCUUUGGUAGUGUUAAAUUAGAUGCUGGUCAAAUUUCCACCUAUGGUGCCUCAGAGAUCACAAAGAAUCUUAUUGUCAACGGUGGUGGUGUAGUCUCAUUCAACACCGAUUCAGGUACUUUAACCACUGGCACUCUCACCUUGUUGGGUACUUUAUACAUCGAUAACCACAUCCAACCAGAUGAAACUGCUCAAUUGUAUGUUAACGGUAAUGUUUCUCUUCAAGAAAAUGCCACUUUAUUAGUCGAUUUCUUAAAUCUUCCAAACAGAGGUCAAAACUACAAUCUUGUUGGAUACAGCGGUUCAUGUGAAGGUUCAUUCGCAUUCGUCACUCUUUGGUAUGAUGGUGAAUUAUACAACACCAUUAAAUCUGGUGUCGAACUUACCAAUGGUGGCAUUUCUUUAGUCUUUGAACCAAGUGUUAAACCAUCAAAGAGAGUUCCAGGUUGGGGUGUAUUUUUAAUUAUCGUUUCAAUUCUUGCUGUUGUUGCUGGUGUCUUCUAUGCUUUCUAUCGUUAUAAAAAGAGAGAAGGUUAUUUACCAUUAAACUAAGCAAUAGUGUAGCACUUCAAUUAAAAAAAAAAUAAUAAAAACUUCUAUAAAGUAAUAAUUAAUAGUAAUAAUAAUAAUAAAAAAAAACAAAUAAUAAUAAUAAGUAAUAAUAAUAUUUAUUUAAUUUAUUAUUAU